UGCAAUGAUGUUCUUCUGCACCUGCAAAUCCCCCUCCCCUGCACACACACAUAACACAUUGACAGUACAAGGGAGGAGGACAUUGGGGUGGAGCACCGUUGCGUGCUGCAGCGGAUACUCUGUAGGUCGUUAACGCGCGCGGUUCGUCUGUAGCAGAACAGAUGUAGGUCGGUGUGUGUGUGUGUGAAUAAGAGAGGCGACAAUGAGCCGUAGCUGGUGUGUCUGUGUGUGAGAGGAGCGGGAGUAGAAGAGAGAAAGAGAGAGACAGACAGACAUGGAGGACUCUGAGUCCGGUGGAGAAGAUGGUAUGGUCGGCGGCUGGCGGUGGAAUAACCGAAACACCGGAGCUCGAGACCAGACUCAGCUAAGGCAGAAGAUCCGGGAUUUACCGGGACUGUUGAAACAUGGACUGCACCUAAGGAAGAAAAGCCAGUCACCGGAUACCAUCCCCGGACCCAGCACCAGCCCUACUGUUCACAAGUCCUGCUCCCAGAGUUUCCCGUGUGCAGGGCGUGCAGUGAGGAAUGCGUUCCUGUCUCAUGGUCCGUACCCUGCUAAAGACAAGAUUCACCUCGCCAGGAUCAUAAGGCGGAGCUACGUGGGUGUUGAGCUGGUCCAGUGGCUGUGUGAGCAGUGUGUGUAUGUGCACUGUCGGAGUAUGGCCGUGCGCGUCUGGCAGGUCCUACUGGAGCUGGGCAUCCUACUGUCUGUGGACCAGCGCGUGGUGUUUGGGGACUCUAACUCCUACUACCAGUUCAGCUUUGAGGAGUGUGAGUCUGCAGCCUGCGAGUUCUGCGGCCUGGAGAAGGAGGCGUGGCCAGAGGCUGUUAGGCUUCUCCUACAGCUCGUCCCAUACGUCCAGUUCAGAACUGGGUCUGAGGAGGACUCGGAGGGGAACAGAGAUGUCUGCGGGGACAGCUUUCUCCAGAUGAAAGCACUAGAGAGACUCACCUCCACGGUCCAGAAUGAGUUGGCUGCUGCUCUUGCCCGCAAGGCUCGCAAAGCCAUGGCAGAGCAGGGUGGCCAAGAGUCACCAGACUCCACCCCUCGACAGACACCCACACCCAACGAGGAGAACACCAUGCUAGGGGGGGUGUGUUCGCUCCGUGGCAACAUGGGGAGUGUGUGUGUGCGGCCGGACGGUGUGUGUGGCCGCGAGGAGCUGACGAGACUAGAGCUGGUCCAGAGACUGGCUAAGGACGGCUGCAGACUGCUUCAGAACCCUAACUACAGAGUACCAGACCACCGCAACCCCAGCGGAGAGGCAGUAGGGAGGGUGUGUCUUAAGGAAAGGGGUCGGGACGUCCUUGUGCUACAGAGAGUGCCAUCAUCAGUGACAUCACCUAACCCCGCUUCCUCGCCAUCAUCAGUGACAUCACCUAACCCCGCUUCCUCGCCAUCAGGGGGAGGGGCCAGAGAGGAGGACAGAGAGAAGAGGUAUGUGGUGGUGUCUGGAACACCCCUGAAGAUUCUAGAACACCUGCUGAGUGACCUACGACUGGAUGACCAGAGAGGAGCACCGGAGAGCAGAGUGUCUGAGCUGCUGCUGGAUGACUUCCUGUUGACAUACCUAGUGUUCAUGACGACCAACGACCUCUGUCAGGCCCUGCUCGGACACUACAGCAGUAAGCGUGUGCAUGGUCAAGGUCAGGAGGAUGGAAAGGAGGCCCUCUAUAGGAAGAGGAAAGUAUUACACCUAGUUGCUCACUGGACACGCCUAUAUAAGGACUUCCUACGAGAGGACGAACACAUCAAGGCAUUCAUGAAGACUCUCUCCAGGUGUGUGUUAGAGGAUCUUUAUGAGUUUCCGUCUCUGGAGAAAGACAUGAAGGAGUUCCAGAAGCUUCUACGACGUAGACACACAGUGGAUGAAUGUCCUCCACAACAAAAGAGUAAGCCUCUGUUCCAGCAGCUCAGUUUAAAGGAGAACAGUCUGCCACUCCGCUUCCCUCGGGCUGACACCAAAGAGGUCCUGUGUCGUGUGUAUGUGAGUGCGGACUCGUACCUGUGUGUUUACACACACUCUUUGCUGACCGUGGCAGAGCUGCUGAGGAUUGUGGGUCAGAAGAUGGACCGACCAGAGGAGGACAUGGUGCUGGUGACACACACACCUACUGGAGAAAGGAGGAUGUUACAGGCUGGUCAAUAUGUGUAUUCUGAGACUUUGACGCCACAGAGCAAACUGAUGGUCUGUCGGAGGGACCUCACACAUAUUAUGGCCCCUCUAACAGACAGUGAGCUGAGUAGGAGAACAGUGAGGUUGCUGGGUAUCAACACCUGGGAUAUGGCUGCUGUUCUCACACAACUAGACUGGAACCUCUUCAACUCCAUACACGAGCAGGAGUUGGUGUAUUCCACAAUGAGCUGUAGUACCGGAGGCAGCCACCGGGAGGGGCUAUCUGUAUUGCUGCAGCGCUGCAACGAGGUCCAGCAGUGGGUUAUGUCUGAGGUCCUGAUGUGUGUGUCACUCAACAAACGAGUCCAGCUGCUCAAGAAGUUCAUCAAGAUUGCAGCGCACUGUAAGGCCCAAAGGAACCUGAACUCAGCGUUUGCCAUCAUCAUGGGACUCAACACAGCAGCCGUCAGCAGACUCAACAUAACCUGGGAGAAAGUUCCGGGGAAAUUCAAGAAGAUCUUCUCUGAACUGGAGCUGAUCACAGACCCGUCUCUGAACCAUAAGGCCUACAGAGAUGCCUUCAAGAAGAUGAAGCCUCCUAAGAUCCCCUUCAUGCCCCUGCUGUUGAAAGACAUCACCUUUAUCCACGAGGGAAACAAAACCUUUCAGGACAACCUGGUCAACUUCCAGAAACUGCACAUGAUCGCCGACACAGUGCGUCUGAUUCGCCACUGCCAAAGCGACCAACUCGGUAACGAGGUUGUGGGGAGUGACAGUGCAGAGGUCAGGGCGAGCGUUCACUACCUCCACAUCAUCGACAAUCAACAGACACUGUUCCAACUGUCACACAAGCUGGAGCCUCGCGCCUGAACACACACUCUCCUAGAGGACCUUCACAGAAAAUACACUUUAUGUUGAAGGUGCCUUGCAAGCCACUGGCUCUUAGCCAAUCACAGUUCAGCAUCCUGAUUCAGCCAGCCAACCACAGAGCUGCACACUGAGACGGCUUCAGACUGAAAAUGUAUAUCUGUCAACCUGAUUCAGACUGUUUUUCUAUGAAGGUCAAACUUUGACGGACGACAAAGACCAAGGAGAAGACAGACGGCCAGUCGUUAAUGUUCUGUCAUGAAUAGUGUUUUUAAUCUAGUCUCCAGAGGAGUUUGUACAGUUACUGAGAUUGUGUGUUGUUUCUGGUCUUAAGUUAACAGUUUCAUUGUAUUAAUUAUCCUCAGUAGGGAAAGAUAGUAACUGUUAGUAUAUGACUGGAAAUCAUGCAGUAGACGUACAGGAGAUGUAUACUGUAUGUGUUCAGGCCACAUGGUGAGAUAUGCCUCUGGAUGACAGUGCCACGGAUGGGGGGGGGGGG